AUGGACUUUAGGUCGCAGCUUGAUGAUGAUGAUGAUCAUGAUCACGAUGAUGAUGAUGAUGAUGAUGAUGAUGAUGAUGAUGAUGAUGAUGAUGAUGGUGAUGAUGAUGAUGAUGAUGAUGAUGAUGCCGAUGAUGGUGAUGAUGACGACGGUGAUGAUGAUGAUGAUUAUGCUGAUGAUGAUGAUUGUGAUGCUGAUGAUAAUGGUGAUGAUGAUUAUGAUGAUGAUGAUGAUGAUGAUGAUGGUGAUGAUGAUGAUGAUGGUGAUGAUGAUGAUGAUGAUGAUGUUGAUGAUGAUGAUGAUGAUGAUGAUGAUGAUGAUGAUGAUGAUGAUGAUGAUGAUGAUGAUGAUGAUGAUGAUGAUGAUGAUGAUGAUGAUGAUGAUGAUGAUGAUGAUGAUGAUGAUGAUGAUGAUGAUGAUGAUGAUGAUGAUGAUGAUGAUGAUGAUGAUGAUGAUGAUGAUGAUGAUGAUGAUGAUGAUGAUGAUGAUGAUGAUGAUGAUGAUGAUGAUGAUGAUGAUGAUGAUGAUGAUGAUGAUGAUGAUGAUGAUGAUGAUGAUGAUGAUGAUGAUGAUGAUGAUGAUGAUGAUGAUGAUGAUGAUGAUGAUGAUGAUGAUGAUGAUGAUGAUGAUGAUGAUGAUGAUGAUGAUGAUGAUGAUGAUGAUGAUGAUGAUGAUGAUGAUGAUGAUGAUGAUGAUGAUGAUGAUGAUGAUGAUGAUGAUGAUGAUGAUGAUGAUGAUGAUGAUGAUGAUGAUGAUGAUGAUGAUGAUGAUGAUGAUGAUGAUGAUGAUGAUGAUGAUGAUGAUGAUGAUGAUGAUGAUGAUGAUGAUGAUGAUGAUGAUGAUGAUGAUGAUGAUGAUGAUGAUGAUGAUGAUGAUGAUGAUGAUGAUGAUGAUGAUGAUGAUGAUGAUGAUGAUGAUGAUGAUGAUGAUGAUGAUGAUGAUGAUGAUGAUGAUGAUGAUGAUGAUGAUGAUGAUGAUGAUGAUGAUGAUGAUGAUGAUGAUGAUGAUGAUGAUGAUGAUGAUGCGGGAGUGCCAAACAAUAUCGGGCCCAGUACAGUGCCUUGGGGCACGCCGCUGCUCGAUGAUGAUGAUGAUGAUGAUGAUGAUGAUGAUGAUGAUGAUGAUGAUGAUGAUGAUGAUGAUGAUGAUGAUGAUGAUGAUGAUGAUGAUGAUGAUGAUGAUGAUGAUGAUGAUGAUGAUGAUGAUGAUGAUGAUGAUGAUGAUGAUGAUGAUGAUGAUGAUGAUGAUGAUGAUGAUGAUGAUGAUGAUGAUGAUGAUGAUGAUGAUGAUGAUGAUGAUGAUGAUGAUGAUGAUGAUGAUGAUGAUGAUGAUGAUGAUGAUGAUGAUGAUGAUGAUGAUGAUGAUGAUGAUGAUGAUGAUGAUGAUGAUGAUGAUGAUGAUGAUGAUGAUGAUGAUGAUGAUGAUGAUGAUGAUGAUGAUGAUGAUGAUGAUGAUGAUGAUGAUGAUGAUGAUGAUGAUGAUGAUGAUGAUGAUGAUGAUGAUGAUGAUGAUGAUGAUGAUGAUGAUGAUGAUGAUGAUGAUGAUGAUGAUGAUGAUGAUGAUGAUGAUGAUGAUGAUGAUGAUGAUGAUGAUGAUGAUGAUGAUGAUGAUGAUGAUGAUGAUGAUGAUGAUGAUGAUGAUGAUGAUGAUGAUGAUGAUGAUGAUGAUGAUGAUGAUGAUGAUGAUGAUGAUGAUGAUGAUGAUGAUGAUGAUGAUGAUGAUGAUGAUGAUGAUGAUGAUGAUGAUGAUGAUGAUGAUGAUGAUGAUGAUGAUGAUGAUGAUGAUGAUGAUGAUGAUGAUGAUGAUGAUGAUGAUGAUGAUGAUGAUGAUGAUGAUGAUGAUGAUGAUGAUGAUGAUGAUGAUGAUGAUGAUGAUGAUGAUGAUGAUGAUGAUGAUGAUGAUGAUGAUGAUGAUGAUGAUGAUGAUGAUGAUGAUGAUGAUGAUGAUGAUGAUGAUGAUGAUGAUGAUGAUGAUGAUGAUGAUGAUGAUGAUGAUGAUGAUGAUGAUGAUGAUGAUGAUGAUGAUGAUGAUGAUGAUGAUGAUGAUGAUGAUGAUGAUGAUGAUGAUGAUGAUGAUGAUGAUGAUGAUGAUGAUGAUGAUGAUGAUGAUGAUGAUGAUGAUGAUGAUGAUGAUGAUGAUGAUGAUGAUGAUGAUGAUGAUGAUGAUGAUGAUGAUGAUGAUGAUGAUGAUGAUGAUGAUGAUGAUGAUGAUGAUGAUGAUGAUGAUGAUGAUGAUGAUGAUGAUGAUGAUGAUGAUGAUGAUGAUGAUGAUGAUGAUGAUGAUGAUGAUGAUGAUGAUGAUGAUGAUGAUGAUGAUGAUGAUGAUGAUGAUGAUGAUGAUGAUGAUGAUGAUGAUGAUGAUGAUGAUGAUGAUGAUGAUGAUGAUGAUGAUGAUGAUGAUGAUGAUGAUGAUGAUGAUGAUGAUGAUGAUGAUGAUGAUGAUGAUGAUGAUGAUGAUGAUGAUGAUGAUGAUGAUGAUGAUGAUGAUGAUGAUGAUGAUGAUGAUGAUGAUGAUGAUGAUGAGGAUGAUGAGAAUGAUGAGGAUGAUGAGGAUGAUGAUGAUGGUGAUGAUGAGGAUGAUGAUGAUGAUGAUGAGAACUGA